GAGAGAGAGAAACAGAGACUGAGACGGCAGCUGCAUUACUAUAUUGAAAAGCAGAGAAAGAAAGAAUUCCAGCAUCUCCUCCUCCUCCUGAUUCAUCAAUAGAAGUAUAUAAAAGUUUCAGAGAUGGUGAGGGCUCCAUGCUGUGAAAAAAUGGGACUCAAGAAAGGGCCAUGGACACCUGAAGAAGACCAGGUUCUGGUCUCCCACAUUCAGAAAAAUGGCCAUGGAAAUUGGAGGGCUCUUCCAAAACAAGCUGGGCUCUUAAGAUGUGGGAAGAGUUGCAGACUUCGUUGGACAAACUACUUGAGGCCAGAUAUAAAGAGGGGGAAUUUCAGCAAGGAGGAAGAAGACACCAUCAUCAAGUUACAUGAAACGCUUGGGAACAGAUGGUCUGCAAUUGCAGCUAGACUCCCGGGCAGAACAGACAAUGAAAUAAAAAAUGUCUGGCAUACCCACUUGAAGAAAAGGCUCAAAAAUCAUCAGGCUACUUCUCAGGACAUCAAGAAACAGUCCACCCAAGUUCAAAGAUCAGAUCCCAGAACUCCAGUGACAAUUGAUGAUCAGCCUGAUGAAUCCAAUUUCACUGAUGAUCAUCAUCACCAAGAUGGAAAAGUUACUACCAGCCUCGGAUGUGCCCCGGUGUCACCACAACAUUCCUCUAGUGAACUCUCAACAGUGACAGAGAACGAUUCGGCGGCCAUCAAGCAAGAAAAAAUGGACUCACCAGAGUAUUUUCCUCAAAUUGAUGAAAGCUUUUGGUCAGAGGAAUUCCCAGUAGACAAUGCAAAUGUGCAAUCAGAAAUUCAUGAUGGCCUGGCCACUAAUGACAUGCAAUUUCAAUUUCCAUUAUCUCCUGUGGCUGCUAGUGAUGAAGAUGUCAAUGCCUACAUUUCAAAUUUUGAUGAUGGCAUGGACUUUUGGUACGAUCUAUUCAUUAGAGCUGGGGAAUUACCUGAUUUACCAGAGUUUUAAGUAA